GCUGUAUCCAUCAAUCAGGCAUCCUCCGCCCCCUUACAGCUCUGGCUUUAAAACAGCUCCAAACGCACUGCGAAUUUCUCCUGAAAUCCUGCACUUUCAUCUUUCUCCAUCAUCACAGAGAAAAGUCACCAUGAGUAAUGUUCAGAAUGUAGUCGUGCAGAACAUGUCCUUUAAAGCAGGACAGACCCUGAUAAUAUCUGGAUUCGUGGUUCCCGAUUCCACUAAUUUCGCCAUUAACAUUGGGAACAGUCCUGAAGAACUCGCUCUGCACAUGAAUCCUCGCUUUAACGCUCACGGAGAUAACAACACUGUAGUGUGUAACUCGUACCAGGGGGGAAGCUGGUGCCAGGAGCACAGACCAGAUGGCUUUCCCUUUAAUUAUGGCGAGGAGUUUAAGGUAUGGAUCACUUUCACUCAUGAAGAGUUUAAGAUCAUUCUGCCAGACAACUCGGAAAUCCACUUCCCAAACCGCCCUGGCGCUGAAAAGUACAACUACAUGCUCUUUGAAGGCGGGGUGCGAAUCCAAGGCAUCGAGAUCAAGUAGAGUCAAUUUCUACUAUGCUGGAACAUGUCUGUUCACUUAUUCAGCUAACCUAUGCUAGGUUUCCUCUGUCUUACACAUCACUGUGCUACUAUGCAAUUAAACCAUAUAAAAUUAACCCUAGAGAACAAACACAUUUAUUUCAGAUUACAGAAUGAAAUGAUUACAUUCAUGUUCACAGCAAAGCUUUUUCUUGCAGUUUUAGCAUCAUUCCAAUACCCCCCCCCCAAAAAAAAAUAUUUUUU